AUGUCGCAGCCAAAGCUCCCCGAGGGGAGCAAGCAGCGCACGAUCCAGCUUACAAGACAAGAAGAGAGCAAAAUCAAGCAGCGCGUCGAGAAGGACCUCAGCGACUUCGAGCACCUAUUGUUAGCCAGCAUUGUGAGGACGUACGAGAGAAGACUGCGCAAACCCCCCGAAGAGUGGGCGGCAAAGUGCGAGAAAUUCACAAAGGACGACGCCAUCUCCAAGCGGUUGGUGAUUCUGGCCGUGGAUGAAGCUGCAAUGUUGAUUUCGUCUCAAAUGAAUGGACUGAAUCCUCUGCGCCUGAUUCAGCGAGCUCUGGUCAAGGCCAACUACCGCAUUGCCUCAAUCGAUACUCGCGCGAGAGGGUUUACUGGAGGAAUUUUCGGAGUGCUGGUGGACACGAACCCGCAAGUGUGCAAGCUGGGGCGAGGCGUUCACAAGGGCGACGCGUUCUUGCGGGAUAGUUCUUCUCGGUACUCCACCGUGGGCCCCCAGUCGCCGUUCCCGCCGUUCGUGCUCUCAGAUACGAUGGAUGUCUUGUGGAAGGAGGGCAAUCUUGCACCAAACACAACUGCAGUGGAUGAUGGGGUAGCUGCGUACAAGUCGAUCCUUUCCCAAGACGACAGGAUGAAGCACCUCGUAGCUAUGGGCCGUCCUAUGUGGGCUGGUAUCUUCAAAGCCAAGUUGUCGCCUGCGAAUGUGUUUUCGCCAGAAAAUCCGCUGCAUAGGAAGUCGUGCAGUCAGGUGAUUCGCGCCUGUAUGCGUCUGCAAGAAGAAGCCUCAGAAGAGUUUGUUUAUGCGGAGCGCGUAGAAGGCGACAACCCCACACAUUCAGCUCUGCGCUUGGGAGCCAAGGUGGCGAGUUCAGGUACGCGUAAGGCCUCUUCACUAUCGUACGCAUUUACGUACUUCGUUUGCCCUAUUUCCAACCCGAAGAUCGUAGACCCAGCCACGGGCAGGCAGUUGAUGGAUCUGGUGUCGUCGUUUGGCCACCCGGUGGACCUGGUCGAGGGCGAUUUAAGUCUGCGUAGAGAAUUCGCGGACCGGGUCAGGCGAGAGAGGAGGAUGCCGCCUUUGUCGAAAUUAAUGGGCGAUGCUGAAUUGAGGACGUGUGCGUCAUUGGCGUUGGACAUACUGGACGUGACGCAGAAGGUGGCGCCAAAGCUCGAGGCUGCUUUAUUAAGUAAACGGAGCUCUCUUCUCUACUCGUCGGAACUCGAUCGUCUAUUCGAGCAGCUCGAGCGUGCGUUUAUCCGAAUCUGGAAGGGUCCACCGGCUACCCAUUGGCAACACCAACGCUGCAGCAAUGACUCCUCGUGGCUCAACCUGUUCACUCUACAGUCUCCAACGAUAGAGCAGAACUUGAGUCUCGAGUUGAAAAAGCUGGAGCGUGAGCUGCGUGGAAGUCACAGAGGAUGGCAGUCAAAGUGCGAGGCAUUCGCACAGGACAGCGCCAAGUCCACGUGGUUGCUGCUCUUGGCUGUAGACGAAGCUGGACUGUUGCUCCGCUCUGAGAAGAACGAGCUGGGUUCCUUCCGUCUCCUUGGGCGGGCUACACAAAUGUUGCGCUACCUUCGUGCGACAUUCUUCAGGCCCCGAGCCAAUUCCGGGCAUGAGAGGACCGAGAUGAAGCUGCUCAAGAAGCAGAUCAGCGAGAAGGAUGGCGCCGGCUCCGUGGUGCUGCGCGCCGAGGAGCCCGAGGACAUGUGGCACAUCUACAACCUCAUCCACGUGUCCGACUCGGUCAAGACCACGACGAUCCGCAAGGUGGUGAAGGAAGGUGUCACGGGCUCCACAAGCAGCCAGCGCGUGCGCAUGACGCUGCAGAUUGAGGUGGAGCAAGUCAACUUCGACCCGGUGCUGUGCGUGCUGCGCAUCAAGGGCAAGAACGUCAUGGAGAGUCAAUACGUCCGGAUGGGAGCGUACCACACGCUGGACCUGGAGAUGAACCGCGACUUCACGCUGGCCAAGAACUGCUGGGACGUCAUGUCGCUGGAGCGCAUCGAGAUGGCCUGUGAUAUCGCCAAGCAGGCCGAGUUGGCGGCCGUGGUCAUGCAGGUCGGUCUGGCACACUUGUGCUUGAUCAAGGGCGACAUGACGGUCAUUCGGGCCAAGAUCGAGACGAGCGUGCCCAAGAAGCGUCCGGGGAGCUCGGCGCAUGCCAAGGGCACGGAGAAGUUCUACGAGAACAUCGUGCGCUCGAUCCGGCAGCACAUUGACUUCAAGCUGGUCAAGUGCGUGCUGCUCGCCAGCCCGGGCUUCGUCAAGGAUGACUUUUACAAGUUCAUGAUCGAGCAGGCGGUGCGCCAGGACGACAAGCUCAUCCUGGAGAACAAGCCCAAGUUUGUGCUGUGCCACUCGUCCUCUGGUCACAAGCACGCUCUCGAUGAGGUCCUCAAUGACCCGGCGAUUCAGUCGCAGGUGGCGGAUACGAAGGCAGUGGAGGACGUCAAGUGCCUGGAGCGCUUCUUCAACAUGCUGCACAUCGACCAGGACCGCGCGUACUACGGCUACAAGCACGUCGUGCGCGCCAAUGCGAACAUGGCCAUCGAGACGCUCAUGAUCACGGACGCCCUCUUCCGGUCGCAGGACAUCGCCACGCGCCGCAAAUACGUCGACCUGGUGGAGAGCGUGCGUGACAACGGCGGCACCGUCCGUCUCUUCAGCAGUUUGCACGUGUCGGGCGAGAAGCUGGGCCAGGUGAGCGGCAUCGCUGCUAUCCUGCGCUUCCCCAUGCCCGAGAUCGACGAAGAGGAUCAGGACGAGGAGUCUGAUUCCGAUUCCGAGGAGGAGGACGACAAGGAGGACGAGAGCGGCGUGGGCGACCUCUCCGUCGAGGCUUUGGGAAUGUAG